UAAUUACCACUCUCUAUCAUUCAAUCCUCCCCCAUGGGAAGCAUGAAGGUGCAUCAGUUCGCACGUGGAUUCUGGGAGCACGAACCCUCCCUCACGCUUGGCUGCAAGCGUUUACGCCCUCUUGCUCCCAAGCUGGCCAACAGUGACAGUGUCGCUGCUUUCGAUCUCAAGAGCUUCAUUAGACCUGAAAGUGGCCCCAGGAAGCUUGGAUGCUCUGAUGAUAAGAGAGAUUCACCUCAGGUGGAAACACAUCCAGGUGGGACGCGGUGGAAUCCAACCCAGGAACAGAUUGGGAUCUUGGAGAUGCUGUAUAAAAGUGGAAUGCGCACUCCCAAUGCACAGCAAAUAGAACAAAUCACUGCACAGCUUGGAAAGUACGGGAAGAUCGAAGGCAAGAAUGUGUUUUAUUGGUUCCAAAACCACAAAGCACGGGAGAGACAGAAGCAGAAGCGCAACAGUUUGGGUCUCGGCCACUGUCCCAGGACUCCCACAUCCAUAACUACAAUAACCUUGGAUACCAGGGUGGAAGUGGGAAGAGAAGAAGAUAGUCCAAACAAGAGAAAGUGUAAGAGCUGGACGUUUGAAACGGUGGAAGAAAAUAACAGAUACUACAGAGAGGAGGGAGAUAAGACUCUGGAGCUUUUCCCGUUGCACCCGGAAGGCAGAUGAAGGGGUUUGAAAAUUUAAUUUAAACUCUGUUUCAUUGUGAUCAAUUUGCUUUCAUGUGCUUUUCCAUGUUUUUCUCUCUUUGUUUGGGGAAAGAAGAAAGACAAGUUGUUUCUUUGUGGCCUCCUGCUUAUUAUUCUUGACUUGAAACCAAAGUGCUUUGUCACUCUUUAUUCGAUUUCUGGAGGUGAUUCCUUUUGACUA